UCACCUCGCUGGGUGGCGAGGAGGGCUUUUCCCUUGCAAAGGCCAGCACCCCACGCGUGUGGCGCAGCACUAGGCCCGCUCAUGUGGCUGUGCUACGCGGGCAAGCCACUUCGCCUUUGGAGGCCUCAGUGUUCUUGCCUGUGAAGUGGGGGUGACGACAGCCUUUGCUUCUUGGGGGUCGUCAGGGUCCCCGGCAAGCCCGAGAACGCCCAGGCCGCUCGCGCACUCCCCGCGGGAGGCAGGGGUUUGGGGGCGUCACCGCUCCGCCCCGGCCCCGCCCCCGGCCCGCUUCCUCCUCCAGCCUGGGAGCCCCCUGCCUCCGCGCCAUGUCCGCCGGCUGGUUCCGGCGCCGCUUCCUGCCCGGGGGUCCGUUGCCCGCUCCGCGGCCGCCCAGGCCGCGCGCCAGCCCGGUGCCCUACCGGCGGCCCCGCUUCCUGCGCGGCUCCGGCUCGGGCCCCGGCACCGCCGACGCCCAGCGCCGCCCCGACGCCCGGCCGGUGCGCAGCCCAGCGCGGGGCCGCGCGCUGCCCUGGAACGCAGGCUAUGCCGAAAUCAUCAAUGCAGAGAAAUCUGAGUUCAAUGAGGACCAGGCGGCCUGUGGGCAGCUAGCCAUCCGGAGAUGUGAGUUUGGGGCUGACGAGGACCAGGAGUGGCUGACCCUGUGCCCAGAGGAGUUCCUGACAGGUCAUUACUGGGCACUGUUUGAUGGGCAUGGUGGGCCAGCCGCAGCCAUCCUGGCUGCCAACACCCUGCACUCUUGCCUCCGCCGGCAGCUGGAGGCCGUGGUAGAGGGCAUGGUGGCCACUCAGCCCCCCAUGCACCUCAGCGGCCACAGCAUCUGCCCCAGUGAUCCCCAGUUUGUGGAAGAGAAGGGCAUUAGGGCAGAAGACUUGGUGAUUGGGGCUCUGGAGAGUGCCUUCCAGGAAUGUGAUGAGGUGAUCGGGCGGGAGCUGGAGGCCUCAGGCCAGGUGGGCGGCUGCACAGCCCUGGUGGCUGUGUCCCUGCAGGGAAAGCUGUAUGUGGCCAAUGCCGGGGAUAGCAGGGCCAUAUUGGUACGGAAAGAUGAAGUACGGCCCCUGAGCUCUGAGUUUACCCCAGAGACUGAGCGGCAGAGGAUUCAGCAACUGGCCUUUGUCUACCCUGAACUUCUGGCUGGUGAGUUCACCCGACUUGAAUUCCCUCGGCGACUGAAGGGGGAUGACUUAGGGCAGAAGGUUUUGUUCCGGGAUCACCACAUGAGAGGCUGGAGCUACAAGUGUGUGGAGAAGUCGGAUCUCAAGUACCCACUGAUCCAUGGGCAGGGGAGGCAGGCUCGGUUACUGGGAACACUGGCCGUCUCCCGGGGUCUGGGAGACCAUCAGCUCAGAGUCCUGGACACAGACAUUCAGCUCAAGCCCUUCUUGCUCUCUGUCCCACAGGUGACUGUACUGGAUGUGGACCAGCUGGAGCUGCAGGAGGAGGAUGUGGUUGUCAUGGCAACUGACGGGCUCUGGGAUGUCCUAUCCAAUGAGCAGGUGGCACGGCUAGUGCGGAGCUUCCUCCCUGGCAACCGAGAGGACCCACACAGGUUCUCGGAGCUGGCCCAAAUGCUGAUACACAGCACACAGGGAAAGAACGACGGUCUCACAGAGGAAGGGCAGGUGUCCUACGAUGACAUCUCUGUGUUCGUGAUUCCCUUGCACAGCCAGGGCCAAAGGAGCAGUGGCCACUGAGGAUUCAGACACCACAUCCCAGAACCACCCUGGGGCCACGUGUAGCCUGGGCAUCCCUCCACCAUGGUCAACAGCAGGCCAACUGCCCUGCCCCCAGAUACAAUGGGUUGACUCCCCCACCCCCAUUUCAUGGGGAGCAUUUAUACCAGGCAAUCAAACCUGGAAGAGUAUGGAGAGCCCAGGACCCCUCUUCGGCAGGCAGGAAAGAGCACACUGUCAAUGGUAACAUCCCUUUACAACGUAGGAAACCCACGUGAAGCUCCUCUGACAGGAUCCUUAGCAGCCCAGUGCUAUUCCCAGAUGGGAACAGCCAGACUAAGGGCACUCACUGGCCAAGAAUGCCAGGAGGGGCAGAAAAGCCUGUUGGAUUCAGGUCUCCUAAAUCAUCAAUGUCAAGGUAUCUACUCAAUAACCCCCAAAGCCCACGCAUGGUGCCUUAUGGAAAGCUGUGGGCAGCUUCCUAUCUACCAAACAGACAUCUUGAAUCAGCCCUGGGCUCAGGUCCUGCUCUGCUUCCCUCUGCCACUGGAGGUGAGGCAUAGGCCCUGGGACUAAAGUUGGGGCAGAAUAGAAAGAAGCAAGAGGAGCCCAGUUUGCUGAGGGGGGAUGUCCUGUGACCACUCCUCUCUGGCCCCAGCCCUGCCCUCGGCUGAUGCCCCAACAAUGCCUUUGGUUUUGUUGCCCCCCAUCACCUCCCUAUUAUUAAAUGUUUGUGGGGGCACCUGGGUGGCUCAGUCGGUUAAGCAUCUGACUUUGGCUCAGGUCAUGAUCUCGCAGUGUGUGGG